AUGGAUGCCUUUGACGAACUCGAAUACAUUCCGUCAUGGUCGUCAGGCUGGCCCUCAUGCUUGUUAUGCGGUAUCAUGAUUCGAUCUGCUCAACACUCCGGUCCUCUGAAAUCAUAUCAGAAGGCUAUAGGCAGGCAACUCAAGCGAAACACUGAUCAAGAUCAAGUACUGGUUCCAGUGAAAAACGUUGAGGAACAUUACCUUGUCAAUUACCCUUGGCUAGGUGGAUGUACAUUUCGAGCCAUCGCCAGCGAUAGGAAUGGUCGAUUCCACUUAACCGGCAUCUGUAUUGCAGAUUGGAGAUGCAGCGACCUCAGAGACUUCGCCGUUGUUCCCAAGGACUCUUCCAUGGCACGAAUCGGCGCACGGAGUGGAGAAAUACCAGUUCUUCCAGGAUCUUCCUGUCAUGAUCCAGCGUUCACCCACUUUCGACUUCGAGGAAUACGGGACGCAAUGCCUGAGCAGCAGACAUCUCCCGGAACAGGGUACCUGCUCCACGCCCAUUGCUGGGUCCUCCUCGGUCGACAGAUCUGCGACCCAAUUCAAACCAAAUUGGAAACCCUUGACUUGAAACAACUUGUCCACACGGCAAGAUCAAUGCGGGUGGCAGACAAGCCUUCUUGGAUAUUCAGGGCUGAUAGGAGCCCUGCAAAUCCUCUGGUUAUCCCCCGUAUUCAGAAUAUUAUUGCUCUCGCAGAAAGAGCCGUUAAACUUACAAGGAAAGCCAGAACAUCUGCCGUUCAGUCGAUUCAGGAAUCACAUCCGUCACAUCCAAUGAACGGAGUACCCAUGGACAUCGCUCUUCUUAUCGCUGAAGACAUCUGCAGACCUGAUUGCAACAGUUGGGAAGCUACGAAUCUUAGGAACUUGCUAUCUGUAUUCGAAUGGGAACUGCCGGAGAGCUUCUGGCGACGCCGAGUGAACGAAGACGUAUUUUUCGAACUGAAGGAGAUUCGCAAAUCCAAUACCCAAGUUAAUUGGCAGCUCCUACGACUCGAAUUGAUGCAACUUCACGGAUACCCAUUGAAUUAUCGGACUGGAUUGAGAGUUCGAAUUCAAGUACUUCAAACUUUGAAAGAGCUGAUGUCGGCCUACGCCAAAGACAAGGUGGAAGAGUCGAGCCAGAACGCCAACCCCUGA